CUUUUCUCUUCCACCACUUGCUCACUCACUCCAAUCUACACUGCUCUCUUAAGUUACUAACUUCACUGCUGCUGCUGUUCCUCUCCCUCUCUCUCUCUCUCUCUCUCUCUCUCUCUGAAUUACCAUUUCUACCUCAAGUUUAGGAUUGAGUGGGCAGAAAUCUCUCUGAAUUACCAUUUCUACCUCAAGUUUAGGAUUGAGUGGGCAGAAACAGGCAAGAAGAAUGGGUUCUGUUUCUUUGAAAAUAGGAGAUGGAACAGCAAGAUUCAAGAGGGCAUCAAUGUGUUCCUCGGCUGUAAACUUUCUUAUGCUUUUUUCAGUAAUCACCACAAAUCUUUUUGCUUUGUACGCUUUCACAUACCGCCCCACAACUCUUCACCAUCACAACUAUCCCAAGAACAUUUCUUUGAUCUCAGAGAAAGUAAGUCUAAUCCUUAGACAGAUUGAAUCUUCGCAAAACAAGCUAUCCCAGAUGGAGAAAGAGCUCUUAGGGUACAAAAGCAUCGAUCUUUCAGGGCCCAACAUCGCGAACGAGCUUAAAGAGUUCUUAAACCGCCAUCAACUGCCAUUGGGAAAAGAUUCAAGAACUGGAAUCACCGAAAUGGUGGCAUCCGUGGGGCAUUCUUGUGAGAAAUCUGUGGAUUUGCUGUCUCAAUUCAUGAGUUAUAAAGUUAAUGGGCCUUGUCCUGAUGAUUGGAGUCUUGGCCAGAAGCUGAUUCUUCAGGGAUGUGAGCCUUUGCCUAGGAGGAGAUGCUUUGCCAAGAUAAUUCCCAAGGUGGCUUUGCAGCCUUUUCCUGUUUCGCUUUGGAAAAAUGUUAGUGAAAAGAUUUACAGUUGGAGUGGUUUAGGAUGCAAGAAUCUUGCUUGUCUGAAUAGUAAGAAAUUGAAUAGGGAUUGUGCUGGUUGUUUUGAUAUUGUUCGUGGUUAUGAGACACAGAAAUAUAUUAAGGCUCGAAGCAAGAAUGAUUUCCUUAUUGAUGAUGUUCUGGCUAUGGGGAGUGGUGGGAUCAGGAUUGGAUUCGAUAUCGGUGGUGGUUCGGGGACUUUUGCUGCUAGAAUGGCUGAGAGAAAUGUGACCGUGGUCACUGCCACUCUGAAUGUGGAUGCACCAUUCAAUGAAUUCAUUGCAGCCAGGGGCCUUUUCCCCUUGUAUUUUAGCUUGGACCAGAGGUUUCCAUUUUAUGGUAAUGUGUUUGAUUUAGUUCACGCAGGGAACGGACUGGAUGUGGGUGGUCGACCAGAGAAAUUAGAGUUCUUGAUGUUUGAUAUCGACCGUGUACUUAGGGCAGGCGGACUGUUUUGGUUGGACAACUUUUAUUGCUCCACCGAUGACAAGAAAAGGGCUCUAACUCGUUUGAUUGAACGGUUCGGAUAUAAAAAGUUAAAGUGGGUGGUGGGAGAGAAAAUCAAUGGUUCGGGCAAAUCAGAACUUUACCUGUCAGCUGUUCUGCAGAAACCGGUAAGGGUAUAGUGAAAACAAAUUCUCCUGGGAAAUAGAGGAGCUGAGAGUAGGUUUGCAGCAGCAGUGCUUGUUCCAUACUGUAGAAUUCAACCAAUUCCAUUACUUUACAUGCUCAUGAUUUCUUGGCAAUGUGAAAUAAUUGAAGGGCAAUGGCUGACCAAAUGGUUUAUUUGCAACUAAAGAGGUGCAAUUCUCUGCAGUAUGGUCCGGUAGCUUUUCCCUCUGCCAUAUUUACAUCACUCAUAUGCUAAUAGACAGUUAGAGAGUAAUAGCUUUUUGUGAUUCAAAUCUUAUUUGAUGUUGUAACAUUUGGAUUUUUGGUAUGAGCUGAUAAAAAUGCAUUUGCAGUA